GUCGCACCGCUGCCCAGCUGUGUCUGCCUCUGCCAAGAUGGCGGAAUCUCUUCCGCUUCCGGCUGUGUUGGCGGAAGCAUCGUCAUCGGGAAAGAUGGCGGAGAGCAGGAACGGGUCGUACAGCCCCUCAGAGACUGGGUUCCCGGCCGGUUCAUUACGGAUUAUUAGAGCAUGGAGCGGCCUGAUUGGGGUCCUCUCCCUGCUCAGCAGCGCCCGGCCCUCCGAGGCCACCACACACUGGGUAGUGACGGAGGACGGCAAGAUCCAGCAGCAGGUGGACUCUCCGAUGAACCUGAAGCACCCUCAUGAUCUGGUGAUCUUGAUGAGACAAGAGACCACAGUUGGAUACCUCAAAGAAUUGGAGAAACACCUGGUUGCACAGAAGAUCCAUAUUGAGGAGAAUGAAGACCGGGACACGGGUCUGGAGCAGAGACACUACAAAGACGAUCCAGACUGUAUAAAAGCCAAAGUGCCUUUGGGCGAUCUGGAUUUAUACGACGGCACAUACAUAUCCCUAGAAAGCAAGAAUAUCAGCCCUGAAGAUUAUGUGGAUUUACACAGUCCCUUACCUCCCGACUUAAUUCAGCCAGACUGCACAAAUAUCAUCGAGCUUCCGUUCAGUAUCCAUGCCUUUCAGCACCUCCGGGGCAUCCAGGAGCGGCUAAACCUCUCAGCUCCUUUAUUGCCUAAAGAAGACCCUAUCUUCAAUUCGCUGCCUCGACAACUAGGAAGGACCGUCGAAGACAUAGGCCAUAGAAUUCAAGAUGGCCUUCUUAAGAAUACCACUUCCUGGGUCCUGUAUAACAUGGCGUCUUUCUACUGGAGGAUAAAGAAUGAGCCGUACCAUGUGGUGGAAUGUGCCAUGAGGGCACUUCACUUCUCCACCCGGCAGAACAAAGACAUUGCCCUGUUAAACCUGGCCAAUGUUUUGCACAGAGCACAUUUCUCAGCAGACGCUGCUAUUCUGGUCCACGCCGCGCUUGACGUGUCCACUGACUUUCUGACCGGCCACUACACGCUGGGGAACAUAUACGCGAUGCUGGGAGAGUACAAUCAUUCCGUGCUCUGCUACGACCGGGCUUUACAAGCGAAGCCCGGCCUCGAGCAGGCCGUUAAGAGAAAGCACGCCGUGUUAUGCCAGCAGAGACUGGAACAGAAACUCGAGGCGCAGCACAGGUCUCUCCAGAGAACUCUGAACGAGCUGAAGGAGUACCAGAAGCAGCACGACCAUUACCUCCGACAGCAAGAAGUCCUGGAGAAGCACAAGCUGAUCCAGGAAGAGCAAAUCCUGCGCAACAUCAUCCACGAGACACAAAUGGCCAAAGAGUCGCAACUGGGAAACCAUCAGAUAUGUCGUAUGAGUAACCAGAAGCAGCGUCUGCACUGUCCGUGGGACCUACCGGUGCGCUAUCACAGAGGGGACAUCUUCGAGAAUGUGGAGCAAGUCUUGUUCGGUGAAGACACCUCUUCUGCCCACAUGAUGUCCGUGAAUCUGGAACUGCAGGCCAAUCAGAGCAGCCUUCAGCAGCGCACCCCGGUGCCGCGUUCCACGUACAAAGUGUGGGACAUGGACCCCAGCGCUGUCUCUGAAGACCUGAACAAGCUGUGGCCCAAAAAGGAAGACUGUGCCAAUACGUUCCCAGCAGUCCCUUCGCCUGAAGAUCUUCCAACCUAUCACCUACCUCGUGAACAACCCUCCGUGCGAGUCACGCCACACAUCUCGAAGCAGAUCGAUGCCGCUGGUGACGUUCAGAGGCCGGACUGCGCGUCGGCCGGCGAUGUGCGCAAAAACGAGACUCUGCACCAGCUUCUGGUGGAGCUGGAGACCCGACUGGAGCUGCAGCAGAUCAAACCGGACAAGUAUGCAAAGCAGAUUUUGCUCUCCCAGUUCAAUAACCUCAGUGUUUCAGAAGACCAAGUUGGAGCCUCUCUCUAUCACUCCCUUACCCAGCCGUCCGGUCCGCUGUGGUCCGUUCUAAAUGAAGCUGCUCUGUUCUGGCGCGCAGUGGGAAACUCUACCCAGGCGCUCGUGUGUCUGCGCAGAGCAUUGAACCUCUCGCCGCUCCAGAACCAACACAUUCCUCUGGUCAACUUGGCCAACUUACUGAUGCACCGCGGGCUCCACGCCGAGGCCAGUAAGCUGCUGCUACAGGCAGGGUCUAUAGAUCAAAAAGAGCCGAUAACACUACUGAGCCUAGGGAACAGCUACUUGUCUCUCAAGAACCUGACGGGGGCUCUUCACGUCUUCCGCGCAGCACUGGACCUCAAAACACCGUGCCCCGAAUGCGAGGGCAGUUUACAGAUGAUCCGCUGCUUGCAACUGUACCCGUUCCUCUACAACGUCAGCUCGGCUACCUGCAGCGGGCACUGCCACGCCGGCGGUAAAGAUGGACCCCACGAGGCAGAAAGUUUCCACAGUUACACGCGGACCUCAAAUGACCAAGAGGACAACGGAUCGCAGGGAAGCGGAGGGGAGCAGGAUUCCUCUGUACAACUCGAAAAUGUCAUCUUGGUGGAAGCAAACACAUCAGAGGUGAAGGAGCCGGCAGGGGAAGCUCCGAUGUCCGAAGAAAUGUUGGCUCUGGUCGACGAGUUCGAGAACUCCUGGCCCCUGGAAGCCUUCGAGGGAGCUCUGGAGCUGAAGGGCCGACGGAUGGACCUUCAGGGAAUCAGAGUUCUAAAGAAGGGCAACCCAGACGGACAGUCCGGCUCCUGCUUUGGUGACUGUGACGAUGAUGACGAGGAGGCCGAAUGGAUCACUUUCCAAGUAAAACGUUUGAAGAAACCAAAAGCUGACGGUUCUCACCCGUCGGACCACACAGACUCCGCUGGAGAGGAGUAUCUCGACGGAGAAAGCGAUGACUUCCAAGCAGGGCUAGAAAUUAGUGGCCCAAAAAUACCAGCCCCCGACCCACAAGGAAGAAGGCCUGAUUACCGUAGCCUUGGAUGGCCAAGCCCUGAUGAAUGUUUGAAGCUCCGUCGAGUGGAGUUGUCCACAGUGGCCAGCACUUGGCUCGCGGUAUCUGCUAAAAACAUAGACAUCACAGAACAUGUCGAUUUCGCCACUCCGCUGCAGGAGCCGGGAGUAGAACCCCUCUGUAAUGCCAACUUCCCUGCCAGCAUGCACACGAUGGACCAUCUGCAUGGGAUUGCCAACCGUGCCGCGAUACACUACACCGGAGAGAGCCAACUCAAAGAGGUUUUACAGAAUCUCGGAAAAGACAAAUACCCCCCGCAGUCACUGGAGCAAGUGGGGACUCGAAUAAUGAAAGUCCUUGAAAAGAACCAGACAUCGUGGGUUUUAUCCAGUAUGGCUGCCUUGUACUGGAGGGUUAAGGGACAGGGGAAGAAAGCCAUUGACUGCUUACGCCAUGCUCUACAUUACGCCCCUCACCACAUGAAGGAUGUGCCUCUCAUCAGUUUGGCCAACAUCUUCCACAAUGCCAAACUCUGGAACGAUGCCAUCAUAGUUGCCACGAUGGCAGUAGAGAUCGCUCCUCAUUUUGUGGUGAAUCACUUCACCUUGGCCAAUGUUUACGUAGCAAUGGAAGAGUAUGAAAAAGCCAUGCGAUGGUACGAGUCCACUCUUAAGCUGCAGCCGGAAUUUGCCCCGGCAAAGGACAGGAUCCGUGCCAUCCAAUGCCAUCUACUGUUAAAAAAGGGGAGACGCGCCCCUUAGCGCCACCCGCAGCGUAUAGCACAUUGAGCUUUUUUACCUCAUUCAACUCAACUAUUUAAAGUCUGCAGACCAACGGGAUGUGGAUGAGUAAAAAAAGGGUGUAAUUGUUUUUACUCGUACCUGAUAAAGGAAUAUGUGGGUUUCUGAUUAAAUAUUAACAAAGUAACUCCUGUUAUAUGGAAAGUGAGAUCUGGGGCGGGAGGUGGCGGGGCGACCUUUAAUAAAUAUCCAUGCUGCCAUUAA